AUUCCGAAACCAAGACGGUGAAGGUUGGGGAUAAAUCCGCCACACAGGUGAACUUUACUCUGAGCCCCAAAGACUCCAAGGCAGAGGAGGGAAAGGCACCAGAUUUGAAUGUGGCCGAUGCCAUGGACGAUGUCCGGAAAGAAUUUGAGACCCUGAUCAAGGACCUCUCGGCCGAGGACGGCUUGGAGCGCCUGCUGCUCUCCUCCUCGGCCGAUGUCCAGCCCUCGCGAUUCCGCCUCUACGAUGACCGCUCCAUGUUCCUCCGGGGCCUCAACCUAAACUAUCCACACAUCACCAAUCUCUCCAGCUUGGGCCAGAGCCGUGAAUACCGCUACAUUUCCUCCCUGGAGAUCUCCGACCGGCCCAACCGCUCGGAGCCAGAGGAGCCCAAGAUCCGCUUUGUAGCCGGCCUCCACGGCAACGCCCCGGUGGGCACUGAGCUGCUCUUGGCCCUGGCCGAGUUCCUCUGCAUGAACUACAAGAAGAAUGCCGCCAUCACAAAGCUGAUUGACAACACCCGGAUUGUGAUUGUGCCCUCCCUGAACCCCGACGGGCGAGAGGUUGCCCGGGAAGGAGACUGCACCUCCAAGAUGGGACUGGCCAACGCCAACGGCAAAGACCUGGAUACGGAUUUCACAAGCAACUCUUCUGCGGCCCGAGAACCGGAAACCAAAGCCAUCAUGGAGAAUCUGAUCCUGAAGGGGGAUUUCAGCCUCUCAGUCGCCUUGGACGGUGGCUCGCUGCUUGCCACGUACCCUUACGACAAACCUGUGCAGACAGUGGAAUACAAGGAGACUUUGCGGCACUUGGCUUCAGUGUAUGCCAACAACCAUCCCACGAUGCACCUGGGCCAGCCGGGCUGCCCCAACAAAUCAGACGAAAAUAUUCCCGGUGGGGUGUUGUUAGGGGCUGAAUGGUACAGUCACCUGGGCAGCAUGAAGGAUUUCAGCCUUUCCUAUGGACAUUGCCCAGAGAUUACUGUUUACACCGGUUGUUGCUACUUCCCCAGCGCUGGGCAGCUCCAUGCUCUUUGGGCAGAGAACAAGAAGUCUCUUCUUAGCAUGCUGGUCGAGGUUCACAAAGGGGUCUAUGGCUAUGUCCAGGACAGGCACGGCCGGCCGGUGUCCAAAGCGCAAAUCGUGCUCAACGAGGGAGUGACGGUUUUGACCAAGGAAGGGGGCUAUUUCCAUGUGCUGCUAGCUCCGGGGUACCACAAGAUCCACGCCAUGGCCGAAGGGUAUCAGCGGCAGCAGGUCCAGGUGAGUGCACAGCGAGAGCUCGCUCUCCUUUCUGGCUUGGGAGGCGGAAGGCAAAGAGUGGUGGAAGGCAGUCCGUUAUGCUAUGAAUUUUUUUGGACUUAA